UCAAAAUAUAUACUGUAUGUGUGUGUAUUUGUAUAUACAUAAUAAAUAUACACAGUACAAAAAAUAUUAUGUAAACAAUUGCAAUUAAUUGCGAUUAAUCAUUUGACAGCACUAGUUUUAAGUAGUUAGCGGCAGACCGAUAUAUCGGCCAGUCCUUGGCUUUAUUCGUUUGAGCCUAAUUAAACCUACAACCCUUCAGUUCUCAGUCCAGAAGAUCUUUAACCAACAAACUAAACCACCAGAUUUGUGUACUACGUAAUACGGCUUUGUCAGUGGCUGAUGUGCCGUUGUGAUACGCUACACUGCAAAAAAAAAAAAAAAAAAAGGCUUAUCUUAAUAUUUUUUUUGUCUUGUUUCUAGUCAAAUGAUCAAAAACUAAAAAAUCUUAAAUUAAGAUGCAUUUACUAGAUCAGCAAAAUGCCAUAAGACAUUUAGUCCUGUUUCCAGGGGUAAAAAAAAAAUAAAAUUCUAAAUGAAGUGCUUUUUGCUUACAACAAGUAAAAUUAUCUGCCAGUGGGGUAAGUAAAAUAUUCUUAAAACAGUGGCAGAUAAUUUUACUUAUUUUAAGCAAAAUGCACCCCAGAAAUAUCUGAUGUAAUUUUGCUUAUCUAUAAAUGCAUCUUAAUUAAGAGUAUUUAGAUAUUUUGACUAGAAACAAGACAAAAAUACCUCUUUUUGCAGUAUACAACUGAAUUACUGAUAAGAUUUAUGUUAUAUUCCUGAAAUUAAGUUGGUUGAGGAAAACAAAAAUAAAGUUUUUGCUUUCAGUUUUCCCUAAUCCCUGUUCUAGAUUGUACCAUUCUAAGCAAUGUCUGAAGCUUUAUAGUACCAGCACUUCUUGUGUUUAAUGCCUCUUUGUGAUGAAUCACUAGUUGUGUCGCUGUGAUCAAUCGCUGUGUUGUUCCUCAUUUGUAAGUCACUUUAAAUAAAAACGUCUGCUUAAAUGUAUAAAUGUAAAUGAAAUGCACAAAAAUAUUAAAUUAAAAAUCAAUCUAAAUAUUUGAAAAGAAAGGUGGAAAAAAAGGCUUUAAGUUGACACGGCUGUCAGUGGAUAAUCUGCCAGCAUCAGCCCAUAACCACGCCAACAGAUAUGAUUGUCUAAAAUCUACAGACGGCUUUUUCAAUGGAUUUUUUGAAUGUUUUUUUUUUUUUUUUUUUUUAGUAGUGUGAAUACAGGCACAACAGGACACUUAAGCUUUAUUAUCUGUCAUUGUGUAUACUGAGUUAGCUUACUCAAUAUUACAAGUUAAGUGCUAUUAAGAUGUAGGGCUGUGCAGUUAAUCGCAUGCGAUUGUCAUUCAUCUGCGAUAAUGAACACGAUAUUGCGUAGCUUGUCAGUGAUCUACGGCUCUGUGUAUUAAAUGCCGCUCCAUCUGAAAGCAGGUGAUGGAGAUUUACUACUAAUCACGGAGCUGGCAUGUGCAUGACAAUCGCAUGCGAUUAAUUUCACAGCCCUAUUAAGAUGCCUGUUUUACUACAAAACCAAAAUAUGAAGUUCUACAAACUUGAUUAACUUCAACUUUACAGGGUUUACAGUGUUCAUUGACUCAAACUCACCCUGUGAAAAUGUUCGUAGUUUAUGAGCAUUACGGAAAAAACUGUAAAAAUGCUCUGGUUAAAGACUUUUAAUUGGUUAAUGGUAAAUGCCCUCACAAUACAUGGUCAAAAACUCUGAUUAGUUGAAUGGGACAUUUCAUGUAAUUUUACAGUAAACUGUGGAAAAAAACAUAAAUCGACAUCCCUAGAAUUCCCUGUGUGACACUUGAAUGGUUUUUCAUUUAAAUUAUGUUCCUCCCUAGUUUUUUUUUUUCAUAUCUAUUAUGUACAUUAGGGGUUUAUGUUACAUUAUGUUGUUAAAGUAAUGUUUAUUGCAUUAUUUUACUGUCAUGCAUGUUACUAUGAUGGCGUUUAGUGUUUGUGUGAAUGACACGGUGUGCACCUCCCAGUUUGUGGAAAAGCUACUUGAGAUGAGUUUUGAUUCAUCAUGUUGCUCUCUCAUUACCAUCUGUGUUUUGUCAGUUAAUGAACUAUGUAUAUUUUUACUGUAAAUCUAAAUACAAUCCACUAUAAAAUGUUGCUACUGUAUCUUUUACGGUAAAGUUCUGGCGGCCACAGCUGCUGAUUUUGCGGCUGUCACUGCAGCAAUUUGCAUCAUAUUUGAACAGCUUUGAUGACUAAUGAUGCCUCACUGAAAGCCCCACGUCGGUCGGUCGGUGACUAGUUUUAACACAAACUGUCUGAAGGCCUCGUGAAGCGGGAUGCUGGCUGUUAUUUGUGUCCUCAGAUGGAGCGCAGGUGUCUUCCUCGUUCAGCAGCUGCGAGCAGAAGUCCCUCGUGGAUUCUGCCGGCCGGAGCUCAGCGACUCACGCUGCUUGAGGACAAGCCGCAGAACCGGCCAGUAUAAUGUCCAGCGGGGGAAAGCGGCCGGUGCGGCUCUGGGCUCGAGCUCAGGGAAAGCACCGUACCAGCGCUGCAGCUCCCAGGACUCUCUGGACGAGCAGGCCAUGCUGGACUACUUCAAAGAGGUGGAGAUCAUCCAGUGCAGCGGAGACGCAGAGACGCAGGAGGACCUGCAGCUGAAGGUGGCUGAUGGUGUAUUUACAAAAAAAAUUCAAACCAGUGAGGGUGAGCAGGAGGAGGCGUGGCUGAUGGAGGCGGGGCUUGCGACGCUGUUCGACGAGUCGGCUUCAGACGGCGAGGACAGCAUCGUUCUGCUGUCGACUCUGACCCGAACGCAAGCGGCUGCCGUGGAGAGACGCGUGGAGACGCUCAAACAGACGCUACGCAAACGCAACAAACCGUACAGUGUCCCGGAUGUUCGAGAGAUCUUUAAACCAUCACCUGCUUCACAGAGUCAAGAUGAGGCUGGAUCCACAGAAAGAAGUGGGAGCAAUAAACAGGAAGUGGAAGGACUGGGUAAUGGGGUGGGGCCUGAGGCUCCAGGGGGUGGAGCUGACGCUGAGACUGACAUUAACCUGGAGGUGUCGUUCUCCGAGCAAGCACUUAUGUACAAAGACGGGUUAAAGGUUACCCAGCCACAGAAUGAAGCUGAUGACCGGUUACCCGAUUUUAAAGUGUCUCAGGAUAAGACCGGACAGACUAGAGUAGGCGAUCUGUCCGCAGAGGACAUGAAGAAGGUUCGCAGGCUUGUUCUGAUUGAGAUGAGCGCUCUGUUCGACACGUGUGGCAUCGAGGUGAAGGCUCAUAAAGCUCUCAAGGUCAAAGUGAGAGAGUCGGGUUUGUUUGGUGUUUCUCUCUCUACGCUGCUGGAACAAGACCAGCGGAGGAUCCCGGGAACCAAAGUGCCUGUUAUCCUGCAGCAUUUGAUCUCUCAUAUAGAGGAGCAGGGUUUAGACACAGAGGGUGUGCUGCGGAUCCCUGGAGCCGCUACUAGAGUGAAGGCCGUCUGUCAUGAGCUGGAACAUAAGUUUUAUGAAGGCAUGUUCCCGUGGGAGAGUCUCAAACAGCACGACGCGGCCAGUCUCCUGAAGCUGUUCAUCAGGGAGCUUCCCUAUCCUCUGCUGACCGUCGAGUACUUCAACGCCUUCAUCUCCGUGCUGAAGCUGCCCACUAAGAAACAGCAGCUGCAGGCUCUCAAUCUGCUGGUGCUCCUGCUGCCUGAACCCAACAGAGACACUCUCAAGGCUCUGAUGGAGUUCUUCCAAAGAGUGAUCGACCAUAAGGACAGGAAUAAGAUGACGCUGAACAAUGUUGCAGUGGUGAUGGCGCCCAACAUCUUCAUGUGUAAGGGCUUCCGCAGUAAGAUCAGUGAACAGCAGGAGUUCGCUAUGGCCACUGGCACGGCUAACAUCGUCAGGCUGCUCAUCCGCUACCAGAACCUCCUCUGGACGAUUCCCAAGUUCAUCCUGAAUCAGGUGCGCAAACAAAACAUGGAGAACCAGCGGAAGAUGAACAGAGACAGAGCGGUUAAAAAACUACUGAAGAAGAUGGCGUACGACCGCGAGAGAGCCUCUAACAAACAGGAGAGCAGCGCUGAGGCUGAAGGAGGCUUCAUAAGGGUGCAGGCUCCUCAGUUCUCGAUGGUGUCCAUGGCCGUACAGCUGACGGAGGAUUUAAAGGCCUCAGAUGUUCUGAUGCGCUUCCUCAGUCAAGAGAGGUCUCUGUCUGUGAAACGAGAGGAUCUGUGUCUCUAUGAGAUGGGAGGAAACAUCAAGGAGAGAUGUCUGGAUGAAGAGACGUACAUCAAAGCUCUCCUGGAGCUCAACCCCAGUGCAGAGUGGGUCAUCAAGUCCGUCCAGCACUGACCGAGCCGCCCACAACAAGACAUGCCAAUCGCCCCAUCACACCACACGCCUUACAGUCCACCGCAAACAGACCAUUAAAGGGAAGGCAGCAGGAUUCAGAGCCUAACAUGAGCGAUCUGAAUCUAUUUAACAGUCAGCACGUGGUCUGCCACUGCUCAGACCAAACGAACCGCACACCUCCAACACUAUAACCUACACGGAUACGGUUUUCAGGAGAUGCUUGGGUAGCAGUUGUAUGAACAUUCUUUAUAGUAAAAGCCAAAAAAAGCUCAUAGUGUCUGUGGUCAUUUAGUCUGGUUUGGCACAUUUUAAACGCUUGAGAAGAGUUGGUGUUUGAUAGUACAAAAAUCUGAGACUAUUUUACCAGGUUUUCUCAAAAAUCUCAGAAAAAAUCUCCAGGUCAUGUUUCAUCCUAGAAGAAAAAAAGAAUAAACUGUAUUUUGCAAGAAAAUAUAGCUUGUUUUUAAGACUUUUGCAUUGUAACAUUUUCAUCAUGAUUAAACAUUUGCACUCCUAAUUCUUAUUACUUUGACACUCAAAAAAAAAAAACUCAUCUGGAUUUUUUUUCUUUUGUAAAUCAUUCUGUGACUAUAUAUUCAAUAUAUUGUGUUUUUUAUCAUUGCAGUCAGCAGUCUUUUUAUUAAGGUAAUGAGGACCAGGGGAUAUGCUUAAUUAUCAUGAAAAUAAUGUUACAAUGCAAAUAAUGAUCAGUCUGUUUUUAAAAACAAAAGAUAUAUAUGUUGUGUCUGUGUAAUUUAUAUAUAUAUAUAUAUAAAAAAAAAGAACACUUAAUUAACUUGUUAAUUUUUCUUUGGGGGUAAAAUAUGACCCAGACAUGUUCUUUAUAGGUUUUAUCAGAUGCACCCAGCCACAAAUCUCAUUCAUAUAUAGUUUAUAUAUAUUGCACGAAAAUAUUGUCUCAGACAAGUGAAGUACUGAGGAACACCUACAUUUCACACGUUUCUUCCUUAAACAUUUGAUUACAUGUGAGUGAUCUCUUAGUAUUGUAGCAAUCUCUGCUUUAAAUCAGUCACAUGACUUCAGUCUUCACUCACACUGCCAAUAAACGCUCUAUUACUUGUUUAGUCGCUCCCAGGGAUCUUGGAUGUACUUUUUUUCAUGUUGGAGAAAAUAAUGCAAGUCAGAUAAUAUUGUAUAACUGUAAAGGAUUCAUGACUAAAAACUACAGGAAUCAAGUUUCUCAGCUAAACACAGACCUCAUAAAGUACUUCAAUGGAGGGAAACACUUGGCACUUAAACUGACCUUGUCUGUUAUUUACAAUGAUGCAGAUGUCAUUUCAAUGAGUAGUUUUGAGCUGUGAUUUUUAUUUUUUACUGCUACGUCUUUUGCUGAUGUCAUGCUUAUAUUGAGCUUGAAACUGUGAAUAUGGCGAAAAUGACUGUUUUAAUGCUUCUAAAAAUAACCACUAAAUGUUUUUGUAAAUAAAUUUGUAAUUCCUCAUG